AUGUUUGCUCGUACUACCGCUGCUACGACGGCGAGUGGCAUUGGAUCCCACCAUAGGAAACAGUCUUCUUCUUCGUCUUCUGGUCUUCUGGAUCGAUCGAGUUUAUCUGCCGCCGCCACCUCCGGAAGGAGGAGGACGUCUUCCUCGUCGCAAUUUUGUAAUCGAACUCCCGCCAUCAAUCCUGCGACUGAUCGUCGUUUUCGUUUCAAAAGUGCGCGACGACGACAACAGUUGCGAGUGACCGCCGACGAUGCGGUUAACGCCGGCGAUGCGAAUGAGGAAAGUAAUGAGAGUGGUGACGCGAAAGAGUACGAUGUGCCUUCGGAGGAGGAUCCGUUGCCGUGGAGCACGCCAGCAGCACAAGUCGAAGAUGCUGCUGCCGCUUCAAAUAGUGCAACAAACGAAGAAAAACCAAAAAUAUUGUCCUACGCCGAGCGCGUGGCCAUCAUGAAGAAGGAAAAGGAGGAAGCCGGAGGAGGAAAAGAAGGAGAGAAUUAUAAACGAGAGCAGCAGGCGAAGAUGGACGACGAACCAGGAACGAUGAGUUCGUUUAAUUUACCGAUGCAGAAAGAAGUGUUUGAGAUUCCGGCGGAGAGGUCCUCACCGGUUGAAGAAGAGGAUUCUAUUAUGAACGAGAUGAAAAACACGCACGUCUUUUUGCCGAUAUCGUACUACGGCAUUUUGGACUUAUCUCCUGCGCGUGCGACGCGCGCGACUAUUCCCAAAGCCGCCGAGGCGAUGAAAAACGCGCAAGUCUUUGAAGGCUACUCGAACACGUUGCGUCAAAGCCGAGAAAGUUUAAUCGAGGAAGCCGUGGCAGUUUUAUCCGAUAAAGAAGCCCGAGCGUACCACGACGAAGAUUUGCGAAACGGUGUGUUGACUCCGAUUGAUUUUGAACGAGCACCGGCGGCUUUGGCGAUGUUGCUGGAAGCGGGCGAAAAUCAAAAAGUUUUAGAGUACGCGGAUGCCAUAUUAACGGCGAAAAAUAGGAGAGGCGGGGAUUCAGUUAACAGCAACGGGAAGCGCGAUGUCGCGUUAACGUCCUCUAUGGCCACGUGCGAAUACGCGCAAGAAGCUUUAUAUAGCUUAGGUAAACGACCAAGUUACGUGGAAGGAAGCGACAUGCUAGAACUGGCGUUGAAAACAUUGGAGAAGGCGCCGGGUGGCAAGUCCAAAUCUUUCGCUCCGGAUUUGAAGGAUGCAAUCUACAAGGAACUCGACGACGCGUUACCUGGCGUCGCGCUUGAACUGCUCGCGGUGCCUUUAGACCAAAGGCGAGGUCGCGAGCUCGGCUUAAUGGCGUUGAAAAAGUGUUUAUGGGCGAAGCCAGGGGCCGAUGAAAACGAAGCUCAAAACGACGACGCGGCGUUGAUUUCAAAAGCAGAUUUACAAGCGCAGUCGUCUCGCUUCUUAACCGCGUAUGAGCACGCCGCGAUGUUUGUUGAAGCGCCAGAUCAUGUCCCGGCUGACCCGGAAGAAGUGUACAGAGCUUCCAUCUCGCACAUUGUCGCCGGUCUAAUGAGUGGCAACCCGUUGCUGCUCGUGGAUGCGGAUGACAUCUUGGAACAGCUUGAAAUCGCUGCUAAGAAUACCAACCAAACUUCGGAAAUUGGGGAUGUCACCAUCGAGCGCACGGUGUGCUUAGUGUUGCUCGGUAAAACGGAAGCCGCGUGUAAGCUUUUAGGUUUGUCUUCGGAGGAAACUUCCAACUCGGAAAUGGCAACUUUCGUUCGAGAGAAUUCUCCGUCUGGCGACGUCGUCGAAGGCGUGUGCGCCUUAGUCGAUCAAUGGAUUCAGCAAGUCGCGUUUCCUCUUUUCAGAGACUCGGCGCGCGUUGCACCGAUUUCUUUGGAACAGUGGUUCUCAAAUCCGAAGGUUACUGGUUUUGUGGACAGAUACGCACUUUCUCCGGCGUUUGCGAAGAUUGAAGGUGCGGGAUCUGCGGCCAAGCGCGCUUUGACAAAAGGUUCUGCGAGCGUGUUGAGUUCGUUUUUCCCGAGCGAUGACGUUCCAGUCGCGUUGAAGAAAGAUGUUACCCAGUACCGUGUAGGCGUGAUCUCGCGAUUGGCUUUUACUGGGGCGAUCGUAUUCAGCGCGAUGAACUUCUUUGGCAACAACUCGAGCGCUUUUCAAAACGUGCAAUUGCCCUCGUGGCAAAGAAGCGCCACGGAAAAGAAAAACGUGAAUAAGAAAUCUACGCCCGCGCCAAAAAAGAACACAAACAAUAAGAACAACUACAAGACGACGACGAAAGACAAGUACAGCAAAUAUAGUAGUGGUGGUAUCAGUGGUUUGAAGCCGCCACAAUUUCCAACUGUGCCGAAAAUUGAAGUUCCCAAGAUUGAGAUGCCAAAAAUUUCAGUCCCUUCGAUCUCGCUUCCGAAACCGGUGAAGAAACCUAUGGACGAAAGCACUGCGGAGUCGGUCGUGAAGAGAUGGCAACAAAUCAAAGCAAAAGCGCUCGGUAGCUCUCACGAUUCUCGCGCGUUGAGCAAUAUUCUCGACGGACCGAUGUUGAGGCAAUGGACGUUGAGAGCAGAAGAUGUCGCCUCUCACGGCUGGUGCUGGGAGUACGAGUUGAAUAAACUGGUGAUUGAAAAGAUUGAAAUUUACAACGAAGACGAAGCCAUCGUAGAAGCGAGAUUGACCGAGUUGGCUGUGUUGAAGGAUAGAUCCAAAGUGGACGAUGACGAUGUGUACGAGUCGACAUAUAGAGCACGAUAUGAAAUGCGCCGAACUUCUGACGGUGGAUGGAAGAUCUUCGGCGGAAGUGUCGUGUAUUAG